UUUGUUUGGGUAGAAAAUUCUGUCAUCACGUAACGAGAAUGUCGACAUACCGACCGGCUGUAUUUGUAGCAAGUUCAAUACAAGACUUGGCCCGUGUCGUCGCUCGUCUGCUACCACAAGUGGAAGUAAAGAAUCUCUGUAUUCAAUCUGAAGAUACAUUGUCUGAGGAGGACUGGACUGAUCUGAGGGACAAUGCAGAGGUUUUGUUUGCAGAUGUACCUAUCAUCAAAUCGGCUCUGUUCUUAAGUUCAAAACUCAAGUGGGCCCAUAGCACAUGGGCAGGUGUUGAACCUCUCAUAAAUGUCGUCGAUCCAUUGAAGCCACCAGAUGUCAUUGUUACAAGAACCGGAAGUGGAUUUGGAAAUUUAAUGGCAGAAUAUGUACUUGGUUAUAUCAUCUCGAUGGAAAGAAAGUUUCCGCAGAUGGCAAAUGACCAGAAAGCUAAGGAAUGGAAUCCGCAUUUGUAUAAACGAGACGUCCGACUGUUGUCACAGCUGAGGCUCGGUAUACUUGGAGCAGGACAAAUCGGUACCCAAAUCGGCACCUUAUGUAAAUCUGUUGGUAUGGAAGUCUGGGGCCUUACACGAUCUCCAAAAAUCGACAACAUUGGUCCUUUCGACGCCUAUCGGACAAAGGACCAGUUAGUGGAUAUCCUCCAGAAUUGUGAUUAUAUCUGUAACGUUCUCCCCUCUACCUCAGAAACCAAAGGUCUCCUGUCAGGGGACAUGCUAUCUCAUUGUAAGACAAAGAAGUCGACUUUCAUUAACGUUGGUCGAGGGAAUAUUGUCGAUGAGAAUAGUUUGAUAAAGGCAAUUGAAAAUCAAUGGAUAGCGGGUGCUGUGUUGGAUGUAUUUGAAUCCGAGCCGUUAUCACGUGACAGCGAGCUUUGGUCAUUACCAAAUGUAGUUAUAACGCCCCAUGUUUCGGGACCCUGUAUAACAGUGCCGGUGGCGAAAACGUUUACCACUAAUUACCAGAAGUACAUUACAGGAGACACACUUGACUAUGUUGUCAAGUGGGCGAGUGGCUACUAAGGCGGGGAAAAAGAAAUAUUGAUUAUUUUCACACUUGGAAUAUCACAAUAUCAAAUAUUCAAGUCUUUCAAAAUGAUCCUCGAUAUUUAACACAGUAUUAAUGUACAGAGAAAUAGACUCAAAAGCUUCGUGUAUUUGCUCAGAAUAUAUCCAUACACUAUUAAUGACAAUUAUGUCGCUUACUAAUGUCAAUAAGUUUAACAUACUCUCGCCGUACGUCAUUUGUCUCGAGAUAUAAGUAUAACCGGUAAAAGCUUCAAGUGUGAGACAUAUUAGACAUUGUUAAGGAAACCUGAUGUCUUAGUAUGACACGUAGAGGAUUUCGAAAUGGAAAAUAUUUUCAAAUACAUGAAUACUAUUUCUAAGUCAAACAACUUAAUUUACAUCACGCCAUAGUUCAUUUUCUCACCUUCUAUUGAAAUGUUGAAAUCUUGUUUAGUUUUAGUUUAAGCCAUAUUUUAUAACAUAUUCGAAGUCAUACAUGUCAACUUAUUGCAAAUUUCAGGAUUCAGAAAAGAGAAGUCUGUUUCCUUAGUAAAGACAGGCUGGUGACAACACUUAAGAUCAUAUGAUAAACUAAGCAUAACAAAUAAGUGACAAAUACCGCGUGAAAACUAGGGAGGGGAGAGAAGAAAGAGAGAGACAUUGAGUUGGAAUGUUAUUACUAAUCAUACUAAAUUCAUAACCGACAACAUGUGAAAGCUAGGAAGGAGGGAGGAAAAAAAGAGGAAGACAAUGAAAUUUUCUGAAUGCUUAAGGUGCUAAUGUCUUUUGUAUUUUUGUGCUACCCCUUGUGUUUCUAUCAACACGUGUAACCAGUUACGUAUGUUAAUGAUAAGCAGAUAUUUGAUGUAAUUAUCAAUUAUACAAAAUUAAAUAUUGAUUGCAAUAAUUAUUGUAAAUAUUUUUUAGUACACAUAUUGUUUGAUUUGGUGUUUUUUCUCUGUCUUACAAUGUAUCCUUUCUUUCCGUUCUUUUCCUGUCGGACUUGUCUGCUCUGUCUUCUUCUGCUUUGAUUUCGUCUCUUGGUGUCUCGUCAUUUACCGUGUCAUGACCCUGUCUGUUGCGGGGAUGUUAUCAAUGUACAAAUCCAUAUAAAUCCACGCAUUUUGACUCUAUAUUUAAUUCACAGUAAACAAAUAUUUCGCUUUGUAUUUUAAUUGGCGAUUGGCCUGAUUUAGGAAGAAGUUAUAUAUAAAAACCAACUUUGAUCUGAUCUGAUGUAUUAUGUGUCUACUAUGUUCCAUGAACCAAUCUUUAGACAAUUUCAUUAUAUUGCCAAAGAGCAUAGACAUUUCAAAAGUCGCCAGAAGCGAAUCAGGCAUCUAAAAGAGGAACAUGCUUUGGAUGAGCAUCUUCCAAAAACAACGAGAUGUUGAUAAAACAUUGGUUAAUUUUAACUAAGCUAAACAAUUAAAAAAUAUUUUGAAUACUUCAUGUAGUAUUGUCUGUAAGCCCCUUUUUUUUCUCUCUCAAAAAAGUGUUUAUAGAAAAACAUUUAUUUUCACAAAUGUAAAACAAGCUUUAUCAGUAAAUACUGUUUUAACUUGUCUGGAAAAUGUCUUUAUGUGUUGAUCCUAGAAUUUAUGUCACAUAUUCAUGGGUGGAAGUGGUCGGAUGGCAAAGUGAUAACACAAUUUCCUUCAAUCUAGGCUGCCGGUAUUUGAUUCCCUGGUCGAAUGUAAAAAGGUAUGGGAUGUCACCUGCACGACCAUGUGGGUUUUCCUCGGGUACACCGGUUUCCUCGCACAGUAAGACCUCUCGCGCGCCUGUAUCCGGGCCCACAGUGAUUCAUAUACCUUGAUAUACAUAUGCUAUGUUUUGCAUUUAUUGGAAAGUAAAGAAAGUUUAUAUUUAUGUAAUCUCUUAUUUCGCCCUAGCAGUCAUAUGUGAUUUGUGUGUUGAAAAUGGUAUCUGGUUGUUUUCGAGACUAAACUAUAUCGACAAAGGGGUGGAUGAUCUAUAAAAAUCAUACCAUCUGAAGCAAAAAAGAUAAUGGGAUGAAAUAGGAUAUUAGUCCGUUGUUGAUAUAGUUCUGUCACCAAUACUGUCAAUUUUAAACAAAUACUAACUGAAAAUAUUAAGUAAAAACUCUAUUAAAGCUGUAAAGUCGUUGGAGGCAUAACCUGUUUCGCGUCAUCCGUCCGUCCGUCCGGUUAAAAGAUUGGCAUAGUUCGCCAUGCACUCAUUCAUAAUGAUGCUAUGUUAAUAUUUUGCUCGAAUGUUCCUCCAGGGAUAAACUUCAUUGUUGUACAGUCGAAAUGGAAAAUUAAAUUGUGUUUCUUGGAUUUC